UCUCUCUCUCUCUCUCUCUCUCUCUGUGUAUAUACGAGUGUAAACGCGAUUGUGCGCGCCUCUACACCGAUUCUAUACACAUAUACAUAGUCUCGACAGGCAAGAGAGAAGCUUCUUUCCUCGCGCCCCCGACAAUGAUUCGCUACGUCUCUCAAACAUCAGCGCGGCUGCCGAGCUGAGAUUGCGCGUACGUGUCUCGGCGUCCGCGAGCGGGCUUGCAUUUUCUGCCUAGCCUGAUUUUUUUGCCGCGUAGAAAAAUUUCAUAACCGAAUCGUCGUCUUAUUUGCGGUGGUUGUGCUUGCGCGCGCCCGCGAGUUUGUGUGACGAAAUCGUUGCCUCGCCAGCCAGCAGCAGCCUCCAAAGUGCCAUGUUGGGUCUGCGUAAGGUCUGGAAAAGCUCGAGAAAACUCAUCGGCGCCUGCGUCAAGUGCCUGUGGUGUAGUUACGCUUCCUCGACGACUCAACGCAAGUACUCCAGACUCUAGACGCGAGUAUUGCCCGCCAAGAUCACGAUAUCGAGUCCACCAGCUAUAAUAUAUGGUCGCUGAUAAUCGAGGCGCGCGCGCGAACGAGUGAGCAAGAUAACUCGCAAUAAGUGUAAUUUUUCGAGCGAGUUGUGCAGGCUGCCGCCGCCGCCGCCGCCACCAGCACCACAGCCGCCGUUCAUGUCGCAUCGACAUCGAGGCACACCGUGCAUUUUCUCAACGAGCGCCUAGACUUUGGAGCUGCAGAAAAAAAGCGUGGCAGAUUAUGCAAGAUGAUUAAAUACCGGUGCUAAAGACGAGGCAGCGGGUCACCAUUGAAUCGCAUUAGCCCCAGGAUGGUUUCCAAGCUCAACGAUUAUGCUCGGCCGAAGCGACGACCAUGCUGAAAGAGGUCGGCUGUGGCGGUACCGGCGGUGCUUGCACGCCACCCUCUGCCGAUGCACCGACUGCCCCGACUGACGAUCUUCAUCAUCAUCAUCAUCAUCAUCAUCACCAUCAUCAUCAACAUCAUCAGCAGCAGUCCAACAACAACAACAACAACAACAACAACAGCAACAACAAUAACAACAAUAAUGCAGGCUCUCAGUUGGGGACGAAUCUCGCGUGCGGUGGAUGCGGCCGAGAGAUCCACGAGCGCUGGUAUUUACGAGCGGCCGAUAGGCCCUGGCACUGCGGAUGCCUGAGAUGCUGCCACUGUCGCUUGCCCCUCGCCGCCGAGCUCACUUGCUUCGCCAGAGAUGGCAAUAUCUACUGCAAGGAGGAUUAUUACAGGUUGUUCGCCGUAUCGAGAUGCUCGCGCUGUCGGGCCGGCAUCUCGUCGACGGAGCUGGUGAUGCGAGCCCGGGACCUGGUCUACCACGUGGCCUGCUUCACCUGCGCCUCCUGCGGCACACCGCUCAACAAGGGCGAUCACUUUGGUCAAAGGGAUGGGCUCGUUUAUUGCAGGCCGCAUUACGAGCUGAUAUGCUGCGCCGCGGACUACGGCAGCACGACGGGCAGCGUCGAGGACCUCGGCUCACCGGGAAUGUCGCCCUUGCCGAGCUACUACAGCGCGGCCGAGCAGAGCCCGGUGACGUCGGGCCAGGCUGGCGGCAACAACCCGAGCGGCGGCGGUUCGGCGGGCGGCUCGGCAGCGGCGCAAAAGGGCCGCCCGAGGAAGAGAAAACUAUCCGAGAUCGCCGGCUCGGAUCUGCCGGUCACCAUGAGACUGGCCGCCGGUGCACUGGAAUUGCUCCACCCAACGGAGCUGUCGUCGUCGAUGGAGUCGUUGGCCGCCUACGACACGUCGGCGAGCUCGCCCGGUGGCCCGGUCCACCAGGGCCAGCGCACCAAGCGCAUGCGAACGAGCUUCAAGCACCAUCAGCUGAGAACCAUGAAGAGCUACUUCGCCAUCAACCAGAAUCCCGACGCCAAGGACCUGAAACAGCUCGCCCAAAAAACUGGACUCUCCAAGCGAGUCUUGCAGGUGUGGUUCCAGAACGCCCGGGCCAAGUGGCGGCGCAACAUGAUGCGGCAGGAGAGCGGAGGGGGUGGCGGCGGCGGCUCCUCGACGGUGGGCGGCUGUCCGGGUACUCCAGCCUCGUCGAGCACGGGCACUGGAUCUCCGGCCGGUCUGGGCUCGGGUGGUCCCGGCCUCUUGUCCGACAGCAACAGCAUGCCCUCGACGUCCAUGGAGGAGCUGCACGCCCUGCACCAUCUGCACUCGUCGCAGGUGCCCUUCACCGACCUCUACUGACUGACAAUGUGCCAUGAGUUUGGUUGAAAGCCUCACCGCGCACCAAGUGAUAUAGACUGACAGUAUUAUAGAAAAAAAAAAAACCAUCGGCUCCUUUUAGGUGUGCCAGAUGACACGCGAUAUUUCAUAGAUGCUAAUUGACGAGUCGACGCUUUUCUCGUAAGCUAGGCGGCGUUGACCAGUGAUGAUGAACACAGUUCCAAAGUCUCAAACCCUAACCGAAUUACCAAAGCUUAGGCUUAGUUUGUAGUUUACUUACACUGUGUAAGAAAUAAUUGCGUACCGAUAUAUCAAAUAAGAUGUAGAUAAUUUUUUAAUUAUAAAGCAACGUUUAUUUUGUAGUUUAUAUGGUGUUAAACUCGUGCCAAUCCGCAAUAAUUUCUCCACUCAUAUAUGCACAAAAAUGGGCCAAUGAACAACGUCGAAAUUUUCAACGAACGAUUUAUGCUUUGUAUAUGUAUACUUAAGGGCCAAUUGUUUCGUAAGUAGAUGUAAAUAAACAUAUUGUAACAAGUAUUUUCAACGUAUGAAAUUCGAUAAUUCGUAAAGUGUAGCUCAACGAAAAAAUAAGAUCGAAAUUAGUCGAUAAAUUUGUAUUGUGUAUAAAAAAACCAAUCGUAAAAUUCGUUUAUAACGUGAAAACACGGUACAUUUUUUUACGAGGCAGUAAAAGAGAAUAAACUCAAACGAGACCUCGUUUCUCCCCGAGGCGAGAUGAAAAUCGGAUUUUAGAUUGUAAUUGUAUAACUGACGAUGUCUCUAUGAAAAAUAGAGCUAAAUAAGAAUUAUUAAAAAAAAAAAUCAUAUUUAGCUAAGAACAAAAAAAUAAAUAAAU